AUGGCCGCUCAAAGCAGACGCGGCGGCGGCGGCGGCGGCGGCGGCGGCGCGGGGCCCGCGGGCCUCCCGGGCGGACGGACGGGCGUGCGUGCGUGCUUGCGUGCGUGCCAGAGAGUGCGGGAGGCCUCCCCGGAGGCCAUGGCUUUCGCCCAAGAGGCGGCAGCGGCGCGCGGGGAGCCCGGGCCAAUCGCCGGGCCGGUCACCGGGCCGGGCCGCCGCCGGACCAGCCAGCGGGGCUGCGGCUGUCGCGGGGGCCCGGCUUCGGCGGGCGCCGGGAGCAGCUGCCGCCUCUUCCUGGCUUUUUUCGCGCUGUCGCUGGCCCUCCACCUGCUGACGCUCUGCUGCUACCUGGAGCUGCGCUCUGAGCUGCGGCGAGAACUGGCCGCCGAGGCCCGCCGGGCCCCCGCCCCCGCCGGGCCGCCCGCCGGGCCCCCCGACGCUACCGUUGAUGCCUCGCGGGACGCCUUGGCUGCCCGCCGCCGCCGCCAGCGCGGGCAGCUGCCACCUCGAUUCCAACAGCAGAAGCAACAACUGCUGCCACCGCCCGAACCCGAGCCCAGGGACAAGCCGCUUCUCCCCGGCCCUGGAGACCCGCAGCAGUUGGCCCUGCUGAAUAUCUUCUUUCCUGAAGAAAAGCUCCCCACUGAAGAAGAAAGUCGACAUGCUCGGCGCAGCAAGAGGAGCAAAAGCAGCGAAGGAGCAGACGGUCCAGUGAAAAACAAGAAAAAGGGAAAGAAGGCCGGGCCUCCUGGGCCCAAUGGGCCCCCAGGUCCCCCUGGGCCCCCGGGCCCCCAAGGACCUCCAGGAAUUCCAGGAAUCCCUGGCAUUCCUGGGACCACAGUCAUGGGACCUCCUGGCCCUCCAGGUCCCCCUGGGCCUCAAGGCCCCCCGGGGCUGCAAGGCCCCUCAGGUGCAACUGACAAGGCUGGAACUCGAGAGAUCCAGCCAGCUGUGGUGCAUCUCCAAGGCCAAGGCUCCGCCAUCCAGGUGAAGAAUGGUGGAGUGCUCAAUGACUGGUCUCGCAUCACCAUGAACCCCAAGGUGUUUAAACUGCACCCCCGCAGCGGGGAGCUGGAGGUACUAGUGGACGGCACCUACUUCAUCUAUAGUCAGGUAGAAGUUUACUAUAUCAACUUCACGGACUUUGCCAGCUACGAGGUGGUGGUGGAUGAGAAGCCCUUCUUGCAGUGUACCCGGAGCAUUGAGACAGGCAAGACCAACUACAACACGUGCUACACAGCAGGCGUGUGCCUCCUCAGAGCCCACCAGAAGAUUGCAGUCAAGAUGGUGCACGCUGACAUCUCCAUAAACAUGAGCAAGCACAGCACGUUCUUUGGGGCCAUCCGGCUAGGCGAGGCCCCGGCCUCCUAGACUCUCCCCGGCUGGGAGGCCAGGACACCUGGGGCCACCCCACCAUUGCACUGCAUGUUCCAGCCAAGGAGAGACAGAGGAGAGAGUGAGACAGCCAGCCGCUCCUGCUCUAUUUAUUCCCUAACUAGUGGCUUUCGGGCAAUCUGAUUUGCUAGGACCUGGGGGAGCCAGUGGGUGGGGCACCGGCCUUAGGAGGGCCAGGCUGGUCUUCGCAGACUCAGUACCCCUGGGCUCAGGAUGAAGGAUCACCCACAGGUCUGUGGCCUUCAGAACCCUGACACCAUUGUGGCGGCAGGCACUUCAGGGCAAGAAUUGGCAGAGAUAGGAACCAGGGAGGGAGCUGCCAAAGAGGCCCCUAGUUCAAACUGUAACCCUCGCGGCCCUUGGGCACCGGCAUGAACAAAUAUAGCUGAGAGCACCAGUCCAUUAGCAUUCUGGGUUCUGAGCCUGCCUCCAGCACUUCCUGAGUCUCUUCCUCAGCAUCUCUGGGCCUCACCUGGGCUAGGCGACCUCCACAGCCCUUGCCAGCUCUGACUUCACCUACCUGUCUACAAGAUGAGGGUUUUGGACUAGAUGACUUUCCUCCUGCUUCUGGGUUCACCUCAAGUAGGACUUUCCCACGAUGUAGUGGGAGGGAACAAGCAGGAGGACAGAGUAGGCAUCCUGACCCUACAAGCCCACUGGGGACUCUUGGUAUGGGCAGAUGGCUGCGCUGGCUGCUCUGACAACCUGCAGACUCUGUCCUCAAGUUUGCCGUGC